AGUGACUUUCCCUCCUACUUACGUGCCCCUCUAGGAAGCGGGACUCGUUUGCUGUAACUCUGAGUCUCGCCGUCAAGCCCAAACAGGCCCAGCAUAACAACGUUAGAGGAGCCCUGGCGGACCAGGGAAGAGAAGAGGCUGUUCUGAGAGUUUCCACACUUAGCAGUCCUGAUCGCUGUUGGCUUUUUUUGUGUUAAUUCUGGCUAUUUCACAGCUCCUUCUGCAACUCCUUGACAGUGUACACUCACACACACACACAAGCACACACACACACACAGAGUGCUCGCCCCAUGAGAUCAGGCCCCAGUACUUGAACAUCUAUAACUGCCCUCUAUAGAUUCAGGGCGCUGAUCUAGCCUAGCCUAAGACUUACAGCUCUCUCAAGGCCUAGGAGAGGUUGAACUGGAGCCUUCAAUUGCAAGAACUGCUCCUAUAAGCGUGGAGGGUGGUGAAGGAAAUGACAACAGAGCAGUACGUAAUGGCAGCCUCGGGUCCCCAGGAAGCCAUGCCAACUGAGCGGGAAGAACAGGCCACAAUUAAAACAGAGGAGACAGACUUCCCAGACUUAGAAUCUGGGACGAGAGCGAAAGGACCAGAAAGGGCUCCUCACGUCCUCCAGGCUGGGAGUAUUCGGGAAUUCCUGCACAGGGCGUCGGGGAAGCAGUUUACUCAGAUUCCGGGCGAGGGUCUCCUUCAGCAGUGGGAGAGCCAGUGGCAGGAAUUCCUGGAGACCCUAGAGUCCCAGAGCUCGGGGUGGGGAAGCCCCCCAUUACCACCGGAGUGCACCCCGUGGGACGACGCCAAAGCCUUCCUGGCCUCCUUUGAGCAAGUGGCGGAAGCCUGCCGGUGGCCCCGAGAGGAGUGGGUGGCCAGGCUCCUGCCCUCCUUUAGCAAGGAAGUGGAGCAGGCCUUCAACAGCCUGGAGGCCGGGGACAGGGAGGAUUACGGGAAGGUGAAGGCAGCCAUUUUGCAAGGGGACGCCCACAGCCGGGAGAGGAAGCGCCAGCAGUUCCGGCGGUUCAGCUACCAGCAGGCCAAGGGGCCCAGAGGGGUUUACAGCCGGUUGCAAGAGCUUUGUAGCCAGUGGCUGAAGGUGGAGAGGCAUUCCAAAGAGCAGAUCCUAGAACAGCUGAUCCUGGAGCAGUUCCUGACUGUCCUGCCGCCGGAGAUGCAGAGCUGGGUGAGGGACCACGGCCCGGAGACCUGUGCUCAGGCGGUGGCCCUGGCUGAAGAUUUCCUGCUGAAGCAACUGGAGGCUGAGGGACAGGAGCAGCAGGGGCCCACUGAGGCAAACGUGAAUCUCCCCAAGGAAGAGGCUCUGGAGCGGGGAGUGGUGUGUGGAGAGCCCAGCUGGGAGAUCAGUGAUGGUAAUGAUGCCAUGGUCCUGUUGGGAGAGCCAGUGGUAGGCAAUCCAGUACCUGAGGACAAAAAGACCCACCAUCCACCAGAACGUUCCUUACGGGUAGAACCAAAGAGGUCAUUGCUGCAGAGAACAGAACAAGAAUCCUCCCAGCAUGACAAGCAGAGAGAAGCAUCCGCAAGUUCUAAUGGGCCAACAAGAAGGACGAUAAGCCCAAAGAAAAAAGUUGUCAGGAAGCUGAAUAAAAGCCAGCCAGGGACCCCAAAGGCCAAGAGAGAGGCCACGUCCCCAAAUGGGAAGAGCUUCCAUCUGAAACCAACCCAGAGCGUCCAACCUGCACCAAGACCCUAUAAGUGCUCCGACUGUGGGAAGAGCUUCUGUCAGCGCUCCUACCUGUACCACCACUUCCGGAUUCACACCGGGGAGAGACCCCACAAAUGCUCCUACUGCGAGAAGGCUUUCCGGGAACAGUCCCACGUGAUAAAGCAUGAGCGUCUGCACACGGGGGAGAAGCCAUACAAGUGCAAGGACUGCGACAAGAGUUUCCGCCAGUCUUGCAACCUCCAGAAGCACCUGAAGAUGCAUGUGGGGGCCCCCAUCUACAAGUGCGCAGAUUGUGGCAAGAGCUUCAGCCAGCGCUCCAAGUUCUACCAGCACCGCAAGGUCCAUGCGAGGGGGAAAAGCUACUCAUGCACGCGCUGCGGGGAGAGCUUCACCCAGGUCUCCCUCCUCUACGAGCACCGGCGGUGCCAUUCAGCAGAGCAGGCCUACAAGUGCCCCAGCUGUGGGAAGAGCUUUGACCACCGGUCGAGCUUUCUGAAGCACAAGGUGACCCACACGGGGGAGAAGCCCCACAAGUGCUCGAUCUGCGGGAAAAGCUUCAGCCAGUCCUCCAACCUUCGUAAGCACCAGAAAAUCCACACAGGGGAGAAACCUUACAAAUGCCUGACCUGCGGGAAGUCAUUCACGCAAAGCUCGCACCUGAGCUUCCAUAAGAACACACACAGAGGGUUCAAAUCGUACAAAUGCUUAGAUUGCGGGGACAGCUUCACUGACCGGUCGCACCUUAUGAAACACAAAUUGACCCACGCCAGUACAAAAGCCUCCACUUCGGCCUGAAAUCCCACUGAAUUUUAUAAGCUGAAGAAAUUGAUGUGUGUUUUUUUUUUAAAAAAAGCUUAGGAGUUGCAUCCAGUGUUGCACUAAGUAAUUUGUUCUGUCAUCGCAAGGAUUUAAGCUUAUGCAAUGGCAGUUUCCUUUCCUUUCCCCACAUACUCCCAUGCCCACCCCAAAUCUGCUCUAGAGGAUUGGGAGAAAACCCAGAACAAAUUUGGGGUGGGAAGAGGGAGAGGAGUUUCCCCGAGCAAGCAUAAAUCCAUACAGUGACGGAAGCAGUUAGCUGGGCACCACCUUUCAUGGUGGAAUGUUAGAUAUUUUCCUCCCUGCCAUUAACUUGUUAGGAAGCUUUGGGAAGCCUCUCUCCCUCUCUCUCCCCGCCCCUUUCUCCCUUGCUCAGCUCCGCUCACCUGCCAUAUAUGGAGAAAAUGAUAUUGACCUACCUUGCAGGCUGGUUGUAAGGAUUAUAGUGCCACAAAAUGCCUGCGAAGUGCCUUUGGUGAGGGAUUCUGGCAUAAAGUCUGAAGCUGCUCAGAGGUUCAGAGGAUGAAAGUGCGUGUGGAAGGGGGAAGCUGUGGAGGGGAAGUGGACUGAGAAACAUUAUUUUGAAAAGGCUUUCAGUAGUUAUGAUUAGAUGACUUAGCAAUGAUAUUGUUUUUUAGAUGAACAUGAUGAAAUGGUUGUUUGGCUGGUAAAAUUGGGUUUUUUAGGUGAAUUAGCAAUGAAAUUGUGGUUUUAGAAGAAUUAGGCAUGAAAUUGUUCUUCCAAGGAAAGUAAAAAGCUUUUGUGACACCUUUCAAGGUUAACAAGUUUAUGAUAGCAGAUGCUUUCAUGGACUCGAGUCCACUUCAUCAGAUGCAUGAAGUAUUAUCCAAAGAUGGCAAAUGUGUGUCCAUACACACACACACACGUAUGUAGAAAAAAACAAAUGUAUCCACAGAGAUGAGAAGGAAAUCUAUGGCUAAAAAUACAAACUCUGUCAAUAUGAAACUAAAAUGAACAUAAAAUUAGUUCAACGGCUGGUGUAGCUGAGCUAAUUGAGGCCUGCAGUUGUGUAAAAAUAAGAAGAGCCUGCCGGGUAAGGUCAGUGGCCCAUCGAGUUCAACAUCCUGUUCUCACAGUGACCAACCAGAUGCCUACAGGAAGCUCACCAGCAGGACCUGAGCAGAAGAGCACUCUCUUCCCCCCCCCGGUUUCCUGCAACUGGUAUUCGGAAGCAUGCUGCCUCUGACUAUGAAGGCAGAACAUAGCCAUCAUGGCUGGUAGCCCUUGAUAGCCCAUGAAUUUGUCGAAUCCUCUUAAAGCCAUCCAAGUUGGUGGCCAUCGCUGCCUUUUGUGGGAGUGAAUUCCAUGGUUUAACUCUGCAUUGUGUGAAGCAGUGCUUUCUAUCUGUCUUGAAUCUUCCAACAUUCAGCUUCAUUGGAUGUCUACAAGUUCUAGCGUGAUGAGAGAAGGAGAAAAAACUUUAUCUACAUUUGCCCUGCCAUGCGUAAUUUUGUACACUUCUAUCGUGUCGCCUCUUAUUCGCCUUUUCUCUAAACCAAAAAAGCCCCCAAUACUGCCACCCUUCCUCAUAGGGGGAGUCGCUCCAUCCCUUUGAUCAUUUUGAUUGCCCUUUUCUGAAACUUUCCCAACUCUUUAUCUUGAUUUAGGCCACCAGUGACAGAAUGGAACUUCUCAGUACUGGAAGUUGUCGUUCUGCAGCUUCCAACUGCAGCCUGUUCCAGCAUAGCUGCUUGUAAAGUCGGUGACAGUGCAUCCUGGGAGGGUGACACUUCCGCCAGGUGGAAGUUUUAUUCCUACUUUCUGCUUUCUGCUUCUUAACCAAUUUCUUAUCCACAAGAGGACCUCUCCUCUUAUUCCAUGACUGCUAAGCUUCCUCAGAAGCCUUUGGUGAGGUACCUUGUCAAACGCUUUUUGAAAGUCUAAGUACACUAUGUCCACUGGAUCACCUCUAUCUAUAUGCUUGUUGACACUCUCAAAGAAUUCUAAUAGGUUACUGAGACAGGACUUUCCCUUGCAGAAGCCAUGCUGGCUCUGCUUCAGCAAGGCUUGUUCUUCUAUGUGCUUAGUUAAUCUAGCUUUAAUAAUACUUUAUCAAUGGCUACUAGCCAUGAUGGCUGUGCUCUGCCACCCUAGUCAGAGGCAGCAUGCUUCUGAAAACCAGUUGCCGGAAGCCUCAGGAGGGGAGAGUGUUCUUGCACUUGGGUCCUGCUUGUGGGCUUCCCCCAGGCACCUGGUUGGCCACUGUGAGAACAGGAUGCUGGACUAGAUGGGCCACUGGCCUGAUCCAGCAGGCUCUUCUUAUGUUCUUAAAACAGCAGUUCUGAAUGUGGUAACCCUAAUUGGCUUGGGAACUUCUACGCCUAUGUGCCAGAAUGAUGGGGAUGCCUGGCGCCACAAAGUCACAGCCUCAGCAUGGAUGAAUUGUCACGGGGAGGCUGUUGUCUCUGCAUGAUAUCAAUAGCACAAGCUCCACCAACAGAGGACGCCGCCUUAUACCAAGCCAGACCAUGGGGUCCAUCGAGCUCAGUAUUGUCGACACUGACCGGCAGCAGCUCUCCCAAGGUCUCAGUCCCAACUCUACCGGGGAGAUGCUGGGGACUGAAUCUAGGAAAGCAUGCACUGUGCCUCCACCCUCCCAGCUAUGGCCCUUUAAACGACUCUUGAUGGGUAGGGGGAUUUUCCUCCCCAGGAUUUAAUCUUCUUGUCCCCCUCUCAAACGGCAGCAACAUUAACUAAUUUAAUUCAAUCCAUUGAUCAAAUCCAUUUUUAAAUCCUUGUGAUCAACUAAAGCAGUAAUGGAGAAAUAUGUGGCCCUCCCGAUGCUGUUGAUACAACUCCCAUCACCCCCAACCUUUAGCCAGUGUUCCUCAAAACGUUGGAUGCCUCUAACUCCCAUCAGUGCCAGCCAGCCCUACAAAUUGUCAGGGAUGGUGGAAGUUGGGAAUCCAGCAACAUCUGGAGGGCACCAGGUUGGGGAAGGCUGAUGUAAUUUCUUGGGGCAAGGAGUUCAAUGGGCGGUGAAAUGCUUUGUCGUGCACUGCCAGUGACUGGGCCUCAGAUAAUUCCUUGCCAAUAUCACCUAGCUCCUCCCCAGCCUGGGGAUGUUGUUGCUCCACUACCCAUCAACCCCAGUGAGGGUCUCCCAACAGUGAGGGAUGAUGGGAGUUGUAGGCCACAUUCACCCCAUACAUUUAUUCCACUUGAAACCACCAUGACUUCCCUCAAAGAAUUCUGGGAAGUGUAGUUCACGAAGGGUUCUGAGAGCUGUGAGGAGACUCCUCACAGAGCUACAAUUCUCAGAGUGAUUUUAAAAGUCAGUCCCUCUUCCCAGAGAACUCUGAGAAUUGUAGCUUUAUGAGCGUCUCCUAAAGAAAUCUAAGCACCCUUCACAGACUACACUUCCCUGGAUUCUUUGGGGGAAGCCAUGACUGUUUAAAGGGGACUCAUGGUGGAAUAAAUGUAUGGUGUGAAUGUGGCCAUGGUCCGGGGGUGGCUGACCUGUGAUUCACCAGUUGUUGGAAUUCAAGAGUUGGAGUCCAACUCCCAUCAUCCCCCAGCUAGCAUGAUCAAUGCUGAGGGAUGAUGGGAGUUCUAGUCCGGAGGGUCACAAGUUUCCCCACCCCUGCCCUAGACUAAUAUCCCCAAUUUUGUUUUUAAAUGAAAGUACUUUUUAAAAAAUCUGAUGGCAAGCACCAUCUUGAAAGAGGCUUUUCUCCCCACCCCCCCAAAAAAAUAUUUCUUAUAAUCUUGUCAUAGUGGUAUGCAUUAUUCUCUCUUUGGUUGCCUGUAUUUUCAACUUUCUGUUGAAACAAAAGGUCAAAAAGAAGAGUCUGUCCCUCCUAAGACAUACCAGUAUGCUGUGUUUCUUUGACUAUAGGGCCACACCUGCACCUUACAUUUAAAUCCAUUCUUAAAUGUAAAUGUACUGCUUUCAAGUCGAUUCCAACUUAUGGUGACCCUCUGAAUAGGCUUUUCAUGGUAAGCGGUUAUACCACUUUAAACAGUCAUGGCUUCCCCCAAAGCAUCUUGGGGGCUGUAGUUUGUUUAGGUUGCUUGAAAGGAGACCCUCUGUUCCUCUCACAGAGCCACAAUUUUCAGAGUUCGGUGAGAAGAGGAAUUGAUUGUUAAACCACUCAAGGAACUGUGGCUCUGUGAGGGGAAUAGGGGCUCUCCUACCCACUCUCAGCACCAUUAACAAACUACACUUCCCAGGAUUCUUUGGGGGAAGCCAGGAUUGUUUAAGAGGGAUUGUUUUGGGUAGACUAUCAUUCCCAGGAUUCUUUGGGGGGGUUGAUAUGUACUUUAAAUAUAUGGUGUGGUAUGCAGCCAUAGUCCUCAUCCCUGAGCCUAUGCACAUGUAACAAACCUAUAUUCUUCCUAUGUUCCUUCCCCACCAUUUAAUUUUACACUGUAAGCUCCUAGGGGGCAGAGAACUGUUUUCUUGUUAUUGCUCUGUUUAAAAAACAAACAAACCGUAGAUG